AUGGUAGACCCAUCAACCAAUGCCACGGAUCCUACCUAUCCAGCACUACACACCAUAUAUGCCAACGUUACGGCUGAUGGCGCAGAUAAAUGGGCCGUUCUUGCCCCCUACAUCAACCCAGAGCCUACUCCUGGACCAGCUCACAACUACAGCUUUCUUCUCUUUGAACAGCCUCAAGCACAAUUUGAGUGCGAUACCCACUCGAAGCGUGAGCGUUUGCUCCGUUACUCCGACUCCAUCAUCGAGCGCGACGGGCAUCGUCAAAACCUCCACUGCGACAGCAACUGGCACGGUAUCGAUCCCAUGGGGAUAUUCUACUACUUCAACUUCAACUGGGACUGGCACGAGCACAGCAACUAG